AUGAAUGGAGGUCUGGAGGUUGGAGCGGCUGGAGCGGGGCAGGGGUUGCUGGGUCUUGGGAGGUGUCCAGUGGUAAUCCAGGUUUCUGUGGAAUCUGUGUCCUUCAUCAUGAAUGUGACUCCUGGCAGCUGUACGGCAGAGAGGCCUUACGGAUUCCAGCCUCAUCUUAAAGGGCUCUACAUCGCCACCGAGCUGAUCAUCGCCAUGCUGGCCAUCAUCGGAAACUUCCUGGUUUGUCUGGCUGUAACCCGCAACAAGAAGCUUCGCACCGUCACCAACUACUUCCUGGUAUCGCUGGCAGUGGCGGACAUCCUGGUGGGCCUGGUGGCCAUUCCCUGUGCAGUGCUGACAGACCUGGGUCAACCUCGCCACAACCUGCCCCUCUGCCUGGUGCUGCUCAGCAUCCUGAUGAUGCUCACACAGAGCUCCAUCCUGAGCCUGCUAGCUGUAGCCGCAGAGCGCUACAUGGCCAUCCUGCUGCCCUUCCAGUACCAGCGCAUGAUGAGCCCCAGGAACGCCCAGCUCGCCCUGCUGCUCACCUGGGGCCUCGGGGCCAUCUCCGGCUCCGUGCCGCUCAUGGACUGGCAAAGACAACCAGCAGAUUCUGACUACUGUGUCUUCACCUGUGUGGUGGACAUGACCUACAUGGUCUACUUCAACUUCUUCUGCUGCCUCCUGGUGCCUCUGGCGGCCAUGUUCAUCAUCUACGGACACAUCUUCCUCACCGUUCGCCGCCAACUCCGACGCAUUGCUGUGGCCGGGGGAAACGCAGAGGACACGAGGACUGCUGGUGGGAGCAGUGCGACAGAGGACACAGUCAGUUCAGCUGGAGGAAGCACAGGAGGUGAACCAGACCUGCGGGCAGGACAAGGACCUGGCAGACUACCAAAGGACAUUAAGAGAAGAAGUGAAGUGAGCUCCGGGAAAGAAAGGUCACUUAUUGAAACUGAGACGACCACCGUCUUUACAAAACCAGGGUUCAGGAUCAGCUUCUGUUCUGACCCCCGUCCAGGAGAGUCCACUGUGGCCAAAUCCACCGUCCGCACCUGUCAGGAGCUACGCAAGGCCACCUCCCUCUUCCUGGUCCUGUUCCUCUUCAUGGUGUGCUGGAUGCCCAUCCACCUCAUUAACUGCAUCCUGCUGCUCUGUCCACAGUGCAAUGUGCCCAUGUCGCUCACGCUCGCCGCCAUUUUGCUUUCCCACGCCAACUCGGCCCUCAACCCGAUCCUGUAUGCGUACAGGAUGAGGUCAUUCCGCCGCACGCUGACAGGAAUGUGGAGAGGAAUCUGGAGUGUUUGGCCAAAACACCAGUAG